UAUUGGCUGACGCUGGAAAGUGACGACCGGUUCUUUUGUGAACGACCAAUGAACCGCAGGAGAGCGCCUCGUCGCAUCUCUCACUCUCAGAGGAGGGAUGCACCAGCAGGAGGAGGAUGGAGACAGAGGAAUGAAGAGCAAUGGCGAGGCCAAGGCAAAGCACAGGUGAGAGAGGUGGAGGAGGGUGAGAGACAGCAGGGGAAAGAAACCGUGCCCAGGGGGGCCUGCCAGACCAUGUGCCCUGCUCGUGAGUUGCAGAACCGUGAAGCGCAAAACCGCCUUCACCGUUUUGAAAUGUUAGCAGGCACAGAAAGAGGUCGACGGCACAGGGCGGACCCCUUGCGUGCUGUCAAAGAGUAUUCCAGACCAGCAGCUGGGAAAGACUCAACGAACCCCACUGACCUCCGUCCACCCGCUGUGCUGCUGAAAACUGUGUGUUACCUUAUUGAUGACAUCGCUGCCUCCCCCCACCUGCAUCCAUGGACUGAGGUGUACAGCUUUGUCUUUGAUCGCCUGCGUGGUGUGAAGCAGGACAUGAUCAUUCAGAGGGUGUCUGGGUUGAACUGUGUAGCCAUUUUGGAGCGAACAGUGCGUUUCCUCAUCUAUGCCUCUUAUCGGCUUUGUGGUGAGCCCCUGCGGCUCUACGACCCACGCAUUAAUGACACGCACCUACAGGAGAAUCUGAGCUGGCUGUUGGAUUGCUACACAACUGAAACAGGACCGCAUCCCAACCAGGAAGAGUUCCAGGCUCUUGGUCUGCUGUACAACUUGGGUUCUGCCCGUGCCACACAGCACAUCAUGGAGCUCCCUGAGAGGCUCCGCAGUUCUCCUGCCAUUACACUCGCUCUUUCAAUCAACAGAGCUUAUCUGGAGCGAAACCCUGUAUGUUUGCUCCGAUUGGCUCAGAGAUUGAACUUCCUGCAGAGCUGUGCUCUCCACCGUCACCUGGUGACAUGUCGCAGAGAUCUGCUGCUAGUGUACAGCCACGGACACAGCAGCCGCAACUGUCGCUUUCCUCUUGACAGACUAGCUCAGCUCUUGUCCUUAGACGUGUCACUCACAGCCCAAUUCUGUCAGGCGUACGGUGUGGAGGUUAACCAGGACAACCAAGUGGUUUUCUCCAAGGCUGCUUUCACUGAGCCUGAGCCAGGGAAACUGCACUGCAAACUUUAUCACAACAUAGUGGCUGAAAAACAGAGAGACCUCACUGUUGGGAACAUCAUCCAUGGCUGCGCUUGAUACAAAUAAAAGGAGUAAAUCAGUAAUACACGUAAUGUGACGCUUAAGGCAUUCAUAGGGAAAAUGUCAGUUAGCUGCUGUCACUCCACGGUGCAACUGGCAGGCAUUUAAAGGCUUUUUUUAAGGACACCUAAGCAGUGAAGCUGUUUCGUUCAUCUUCCUGCUCUUUUUAUAAUGUUAUUGGAUUUGAGCCUCUGGGCUCCCAUCUAGGAUGCCCAACCAGUGUGUCAGUAUGUUUUACCAAUUCAGAUUAUAUAUGUUCAACACAAGGGUCAGGGUUAUUGUGGAGCCAAGGGUCUGCUGCGCUCUACCUGAGAGAGACUGAACUACUGAGAGUAAUGUUCCUCUUGGGUCUGGAGGUGCUUCUUUCAUCCUCAUCUCGCACUUGGUGCCUGAAUCACCUUAAAAUGUGAAUUACUUUUAUAUUGUUACUUGUCUGUGGUUAUAUUGAUACUGUUUAAAUGUUAUGUGAAUGCCAUUAUGUUUUUGUGUAGUAUUUCAGAAAAUGUGCUGGAAAAUCGACCGUGCAACAGUGUUUAUUUUUAUCAAUGCAGUACCUCAAAAGCAUUUCAAUAAAUUUUGCUACCUAAAA